AUCGCUGCUGAUGAUGUCGUCCUAUUUAAUCCUAGGGUUGAGCUUGUUUCUAGUUCCCUCGAGUUCUCGGCACUCUUUACCUGAUGCUGUCUAGAUAGUGCAGCACUAAAUCAUUUCUUUCACUCUCCAUGGGCUCGAAUUCUACCUCCCUCGAGUGAGCCCAAAUUCGACGUUGGUUUAGGGGCGAUAUUAGAGGAGUGUUUGCCACCUCGGGUGGCUUGGGAAACUGAGAGAUGGAGACCAUAUUGAAGCGUGGAGCCUCGUUUCCGAACUGGUCUCAAUAUCCUAUACCGCACUUCGAAUUAUCUGCAUCGGGUCUUCUUGCGCUUGCUGAUCUUGGUACAAUCGCGAAUCGUACUAAGAUUGUAGGAGGCUCGUCAUGGCUUGACGCGCUACUGCUAGCUCCCGGCUUACACUACCAGCAGGCUGCGGAUGCCCUAAACGGCAACAGCGAAUCCUAUAGCGCUGUUGAGCUAUAUGAAGGUCGAACUUCGAGCUAUAAUAUUACUAAUACGGCCACUCGACAAUAUCUCGAGCGCGUCGGAUUAGCGGGGCAGAAGGUCACGGUUGAUGUCGGAAUGAUGCCUAAGCAGAAUUAUUACUUUGGAGGACGGCGGCAAAGUCCCGGUCAGCGUGCUACUAUCUGGAGAGAUCAGGGCGCCGACUUAGGAUGGGUUUCGCAUGUGUUGUAUCUUGCAAGCCCUGUUCUGACUAUAGCUGCUUUCGUAUUUAUGAUCCUUCUCCGCGAAUGGUGGGGUGUGGCGUCCCUCCUAGCGCUUAUGGUCUCCCGCCUUUUGAACAUCUGGGUUAUCAAGAGCCGCUCGAAACCGCCCGAGAACCCGCCACCAGAUCCUGACGUCAGCAAAAUGCUAACCGAGUACCUCGUCGACUUGGGGCAUGGGCGAUCCGUGUGCCUCCGUGGCAUGACCGAGGACCUUCAGGCCGUCACCACGACAUCGUGGCUACGUACUAAGACCCAUAUCGAGGGCUAUCUCGAGGCGACCGCUAAAUUGAUUGUCUAUUGCGUCGCUGCCUUCAGUGGCAACAUGACACAAGUUGGGUCCAUCAUUUUCAUGGCUCUAUUGCUUGUGACAGCUGGUUUAUUAGGUCUCAGCAAUGGCCAUGCUAAAACAUUCCGCAUGCACGGUCGCUUGGCUACGCCGACGGUGGACCACUUGCCCCGCAGAUCCGGCAGCACGUUGCCUUAUCCCACCGACACUGACAGCAAGGGCGGGAGUACGUCAUGGCCAGCUACGAGCACGAGAGAGUCGAGCGGUCUUUCGGGUAUGGUCGAUUUAGCGGAGAAGGGGCAGAUGGGCGGCGUUCUAAGAGACCGGUUCCCUUAUGACGAUGAGAUGGAAUUCAAGUGACAAGUGGAGUGGGCUAGGCGUUGAUCAUAUUAAUGCUGGGCAUUGUACGCCGGGACGCGUGCCGCUGCGGAGUAUGUAAUCAAUAUUUCGGGACGCAUCUUCCGCAUGUCCCACCAGUUCCGCACGGUAGCUACACGGAGACAUGGAGUUACGGGGUACGGGUUUUGGAUAUUGUGGCCUAUAUGUGGUGUAUUACUUACCAGGUUUGCUUUAUUAAUUGGUGUAACAGUAGACAUAUGAAGAUAUUCGUCUGUAGGUAGUCUACCUACCUAUCUAGGCAUUUGAGAUACCAUCGCCGUCAUGGAUGCUAGAUACUACAUAGUAGGCAAUAAUGAUACCCUGACCUCGACCAUCUAAUUAUGUACGU